AUGCACGACAAGCUGCCUGUGCUGGAAUGCCUCUUUAGACACAGGGUGAAGAGGAUGCUGCAGUUGGCCUAUGUUUCCAGGCGCACGCCUGAAGGCAUGAUUAGUUCCACAAAUCUCAAUGCACUGACCAUAGUAAACUCCUCUUUGUACCGAAAUAGAGUCGAAGAUGGACACAAGAAGAGAGUAGAGAUAGCGCAACUCGAAAAGUUUUGGUUGAUGGAACAUCCAAAUUACUUGGAGAAAGGCAACUAUCAUAACAUUCUUGAUGGUGAUGCUAAUGCUGGAUGGAGCAUAAGCCAAGCCAUUCGAGUGGCAAUUCCAAGUCGUCAUCUUCAUGAUGAGCGCCACUAUUGA